UCACCUCGAACUGAAAAUACGCAUUUUGCAGCACUGCUUAAGCUAGACGUUUACCAAUACUUGCUUUCUGGAUAUUUUGGGAUUGUAGUGCCAAUAUGUCUCGCAGUGCCCGUCCUCUCACCUCCGCCCGUGUCUUUCACAAAAUCAAGGAGCUAAGCACACCGCAAACCAGCGCGGCAUAUGUGAUCAACCGGAAUCCCAGGAAUCUGGAGAGAUUACGCAUUGCCUACAAGCCGGGUGGCUAUCAUCUGGAGAAACCCGGUCGAUCCUACUGGCACACCCUGGAGAUCAAUACCAGCGGUCGGUAUGUCAGCGCCGAUGUCAAGCACUUCGAAAAUGGAACAAUUCUAAGUGCCAGCACCUCGGAAUGGGCCAUAAAACAGCAGCUCUACAAGACCAAUGAUACUUCGGCAUUUGUUAACCUCGGAAGAGUGCUGGCACAUCGUUGCCUGCAGUCGGGGAUCACAGAAAUGACAUGCAAUGUGGAUGCUGUGCCUGGGAGCAAGCUGGAGAAGCUGCUCCAAACCCUCCAGGAUAAUGGUGUCUCCUUCAAGGAGCCCGCCCGCCUGGCCAACUCACAGCCUUGGGAUGCCAAGCGCCACGAAAAGCCCUGGGAGAUAUCCGAGGAAUCCUUAGAACCCACAGCACCACCACCAAAAUCGGUUAAAUAACCCAGAAAAACCUUGUUUAGUUUUCGUUUCGUUUAGAAUAAACGUUGAUUAUUAUUGCUAA